AGGCUUUCGAGGCAAGCGCGCCAUAGUGAUGCCUCGAAGGAAGCGCUGCAUACAUCUCACCUGGCCCGGAGGCUAUUGUGUGAUGGCGGAGGUCACGAUAAUUAUGGAGGAUCGCGACCUUUAAGUGGGGAUUUUUCUUAAAUGGUCAGUGCGUCAUGACGAGUUGGAACGAGACUAGGGUCUUCUCACUAUAUAUAACUGGUCGUCCCUCGCAUUCAGUCUCAGGAAUUCCUUUUCAUUCCUCCAUCCUUCGCCGUAGUCGUCGAUACUGUGUUGUAGCAGGUAUGAGUUUGGGAGACCAAAAAAUUGCACCGUCCAUCUCGGUGACGGGACUUAGCUACAAGUUCCCCGACGGGAGCACGGGGUUGUCCGAUGUUUCGGUGCAACUACCACCAGGGAGUCGCACCGUGCUGAUUGGAGCCAAUGGCGCGGGAAAAACAACCUUACUCCGCCUUCUGUCCGGCAAACGUAUGGCGCCAUCAGGAACUGUUAAAAUCGCCGGUGUAGAUCCAUUCGCAGAAGGCCUUGAAGGUGUCACUUAUCUUGGCAUGGAAUGGGUCCUCAAUCCAAUCGUCAGGACCGAUAUUGAUGUCCCAACUCUCCUGGCUUCAGUGGGAGGCGACUACUACACAGCCCGACGAGACGAGCUCAUCGAUGUCUUGGAUAUCGACACUACGUGGCGCAUGCACGCAGUCUCCGAUGGAGAGCGCCGAAGAGUUCAACUUGCCAUGGGGCUGCUCAGACCUUGGACGAUUCUCUUGCUUGAUGAGAUUACAGUAGACCUUGAUCUGUUGUCUCGUCACAACUUUCUAAGCUUCUUGCGUAAGGAGACCGAGACUCGGCCAUGCACGAUCGUGUACGCAACUCACAUCAUGGACAACCUUGCUGAGUGGCCAACCCACGUCGCACACAUGAGUCUAGGCCGUGUUAAGAAAUCUGGGAGUCGGGACGAUUUCGAGCUCGAUGGCAGGGAUGGCGGGCCGGCUCAUAGCGCGCUUGGAGGCCUGGUCCUGAAAUGGCUGCAAGAAGACCUUAUAGAGCGGGGCCCUCGCAAGGGUACGAGUGGUCAAGGCAAGACCUAUCAGUCUUACGAAGGCAAAGGAGGUUAUGGUAACGAGAAGGCCAAGAAGUGAGGAGUAUGAUGCACCGCAUUGCCGGAAUACGCAGUGCGGUAGGAACCAUUCAACAGGACUGGCGAAUUCAACACGCCUAUACAAGCCGACAUCAACGUCGGUAAGAAGAUCAGGAGUUCAAAGGAGGGGAGUCACGCUCAACGAAGGGACAGAGCAGGGUAAGCCCCGGCUUCAACUGUAAACUGCUCAACGUAAACAGACUGGACGAUGUCGACAUAGCGCGGUCGGGAAAUGGCGCAUCAGGUAUGAAUGGAGGCUGUGUAGCAAAACGAUGUUUGUGUACGCAAGGAGAUGGAGGAUCCUUUUGAUCAUGGAAAGUCUAGAGAGUAAAUACACAAAUUCGAAGAACUCGCGCUCCGCAUCAGCGAAUCUGGAGAAAGUGUACCAUCAAAACUGAAUACAUAGUACAUUUGA